AGUAUACAGCUCUCUCUGUACUGGAGAGCACUCGGCUCUCAACAGGUGACAGAUAUUUACAGAAAUCUUGUCUGUCAUAUUAAAUGAACUGCUUUUUAAAAAAUCCGCCCAGAGUGACAGAAUAUUAUAAUCUAUUUGGCGAUAAAUCACCAUUAAGAUACCCGAGCUUCAUCCUCAUCACCAGCCUACUUUGGACUUGACAGCUUUUGUAUGUUAUCUUGCCUUUUUCCCGGUGGUUUGAACACGAUUUCAUAAUCCCUCUCUCCAUCACGCUUUGCUGGUGAGAGAGGAUGACGCGCGACCUGUACCUGCGAGGCAUGCGUGCGUCUUGCGCCGGCCGGGCAUGCGGCCUUGGGGGACGGAUGAUGGGGAUGCGGAUGCUAUGGCAACAGGCCGAUUAGAUCCAGACCUUUAUAUGCGACUUUAUUUAUUUAAUAUUUCAUUUGCGUGCGCCGCGCGCCACUGUGGACGUGUCGAGUCAGACUGGCAAGCGAAUUUUAUCUAUAAACUCCAGUCUGUGAAUGAGCGGCCACCGUAAAGGCUCAACAAGUUGUUUUAUUUAUUUAUUUAUUUAUUCUUUUUUUUUUUUUUUUUUUCAAAGGAGGAGCUGCUGUUGAAACAAAGAGCUGCUCAGCCGUCCUCGGUGCCAUACAGAAGGAGAGGACCCCGCCGUUUGGACACAAUGUCAUUGGAAGUGGGCAGAAGUGGAGGAGAAGGCAGCGGCUGCUGAUGAGAGAGCUCAAGAUUUCGGGCGUCAGACUCCUGAACACCUGACCAAGUUAAUUCCGGCAUCAGCUUCACGAAACAGCCCCGCUGUGGAGCUUCCUCUCCUCUCCUCCGGCUGUCUGAGCGCCUCGGUCACAGCCAGGCGCGCCUUCCAUCAUGAGUGAUUUUCCGCUCGGAUACUGAAAAUGACAGCGUGCUGCCGAUUCCGGGAAAUCAUGGGCUAGAUUUGGGGUAAACAGGCUCUGUUUCCGCUGUCUCGUGUGUCCCUGUCGGCGUGUUCGUCUGUGUGCGUGUCACCAUGAAUCAGUGCGCCUCGGUGUGUGAGCGCCUUUUAUGUGCGUCCCUUAUGUCCAUUAACAAGGCAUCCCUCCUGACAGAGGAUCAAGUGUCCUUGUCAUUCAUCCGCGGAUGAAUGUCCCCCUCCUCUCUGCCACCUUACCGCUCACAUCAGCUCUUGCAUAAUGAUAUAUGUAGAAAAUAGCAAAACUGGGUGAGCAGCAGCCCUGGACACAUAAAGGCUCCACGGAGUGGACACCGACGGCCAAUGAGCGACCAGCUCCGUUAUCUACAAAUGACCGGGAAUCUGGUGCCAACAUGACCGGCGUCGGAGCGUUGAGGGCGGCUGUGGAGAGGAGAGGGAGGGCCUCGGGGGGAGAGCAGCGUUUCAAGGACGAGGAAGGAGGAAUGACAGAGAAACAUCUGUAAGGACAAACGAAAGAAAGGAGGAAAAGUGGGGCUGCUGGCGUCACACCGGCAGGGUGGAGGAUUCAACGUCUGGAUGGAGCUCCUUCCAAGGGCACUGAGGUAAGCAUGGCCACACCGGCGGAGAGAGGGCGGAGGUGUGAGCUGUCGGCUCCAGCAGAAUGACUGGAGACACUCAGACCACUCCUCUGUAGCUUCUUCAAUUCAACAUUCAAACUGACAUUGACACUCUCACCUAUGUGAUCUAUUCAGCUUGACCACACUAAACAAUAGUUUUCGUGAGGAGGUGGGAGUUACAGGUUAUAUUCAUCCUCCCCUCACCCUCCUCCUCCUCCCCGAGUUGGGAUGGAUGGGGUGGCUGGAGGUGUGGGCACCCCCAGUAGCACAGGGGGGUCUGGGGGUGACAGCCUCCCCAGGCGUAACGGAGGGGACUCAAAGCGGCGCAGUAAGGGCAGCCUGCCCUCCCCGGGCUACAGGCUGUCCCAGGCCUCGCUGGAGGGGGAGAGGGGCUCCUUCGGGGCAGACAGCACCUCCUUAAGUGGGCGCGGCCGCCGCCUCUCCAUCAUGAGCUCCUCCACCAGGGACGGACUCCCCUUCCGCACAGCAGGCACCCCAACCACCCCAGUGCCCCUGCCGCCUCCUCCGCCCUCCUCCACCUCCUCAACAGCCCACCCGGCUCCUCCACGCUCAGUGGGCUUCGCCGCAUCCCGCGCUGCCCUGACCUCCACCUCCUCCACUGGGACCGGAGUGAUGGUGGUGGCCACCGGCCUGGAGACCACCACCACCACAGCCUGCAACACCACCGCAGGGACGCCUGAGAUGAUGGGUCAGUCUGGACUGGGCGGGUUCGGCAUGGGGCUGGAUGGGGAGGACUACAGCACCUCCAACCAGAGCACCUUCAUCCAGAGACAGUUUGGGGCCAUGCUGCAGCCGGGGGUCAACAAGUUCAGCCUGAGGAUGUUUGGAUCCCACAAGGCUGUGGCGCUGGAGCAGGAAAGACUGAAAUCAGCCGGGGCGUGGAUCAUACACCCCUACAGUGACUUCAGAUUCUACUGGGACCUGUUGAUGUUAAUGUUGAUGAUGGGGAACUUAAUCGUCCUUCCAGUGGGCAUCACUUUCUUCAGAGAAGAGAACACUCCCUCGUGGAUCAUCUUCAACGUGGUGUCAGACACUCUCUUCAUGGUCGACCUUGUUCUCAACUUCAGGACCGGCAUCAUCAAGGAAGACAACACUGAGAUAUUGCUGGACCCCAGGGCGAUCCGCCAGAAAUACCUGAAGACCUGGUUCACUGUUGACUUUGUGUCAUCCAUCCCUGUGGACUACAUCUUCUUGAUGGUGGACAGUCUCGACUCCGAGGUCUACAGGACAGCCAGGGCGCUGCGCAUCGUCCGCUUCACCAAAAUCUUGAGCCUGCUUCGACUGCUCCGCCUGUCCAGACUCAUCCGCUACAUCCACCAGUGGGAGGAGAUCUUCCACAUGACCUAUGACCUCGCCAGUGCCAUGGUGAGGAUAGUCAACCUGAUUGGUAUGAUGCUGCUGUUGUGCCACUGGGAUGGCUGUCUGCAGUUCCUGGUCCCCAUGCUGCAGGACUUCCCUCCAGACUGCUGGGUUUCCAAGAACCUGAUGGUGAAUGACACGUGGGGCGUUCAGUACUCCUAUGCACUGUUCAAAGCCAUGAGCCACAUGUUGUGUAUCGGGUACGGCGCCCAGGCUCCAGAAGGGAUGACUGAUGUGUGGCUCACCAUGCUCAGUAUGAUCGUAGGGGCCACCUGCUACGCCAUGUUCAUCGGCCACGCCACCGCUCUCAUCCAGUCACUGGACUCCUCACGACGGCAGUACCAGGAGAAGUACAAGCAGGUGGAGCAGUACAUGUCGUUCCACAAGCUUCCUGCAGAUGUUCGACAAAAGAUCCACGAGUACUACGAGCACCGCUUCCAGGGGAAAAUGUUUGAUGAGGAGAACAUCCUGGGAGAACUCAGUGAGCCGCUUAAAGAGGAGAUCGUCAGCUUCAACUGUCGCAGCCUGGUGGCUAACAUGCCCCUGUUCGCCAAUGCUGAUCCCAACUUUGUGACUGCCGUGCUGACCAAGCUUCGCUUUGAGGUGUUUCAGCCUAUGGACUUCAUCAUCCGGGAGGGCACUGUUGGACGGAAGAUGUACUUCAUCCAACACGGACGAGUGAGUGUGUUGACCCGCGGCAACAAGGAAACCAAGCUGAGCGACGGGUCUUACUUUGGAGAGAUCUGUUUGUUGACUCGUGGACGGAGGACAGCCAGUGUCCGUGCAGACACAUACUGUCGUCUGUACUCUCUCAGCGUGGACAGCUUUAACGAGGUGCUGGAGGAACACCCGAUGAUGCGGCGUGCCUUCGAAACUGUCGCUGUCGACCGACUAGACCGUAUUGGCAGGAAGAACUCCAUGCUCCUGCGGAAGUCGUCCCAGGGUGGAUCUCUGGGGGGCAGUAUGGGUCGUGGAGGAGGCCGGGGCGGAGGGGGUCCAGGAGCCGGAGGAGGCCUGGCAGCGGGCAGUUUGGGCUCCUGUGACAGCAUCCUGGUCCAGCAGAUCGUCAAACACGACAGCAUGCCGGCCAUGCAGGACGCCAUUGCGGCGGCCGCUGCGGGAAGAGGCGGGGUCAUGGGAGGGAGUGGCACGGUGUCUCCUCGGCCACGCCCGGUCAUCUGGGCACCUCUGGUUCACGCCCCUCUGCAGACUGCCGCUGCCACCAGUAAUGUAGCCAUCGCCCUCAUGCACCAGCAGCAGCAGCAACAGCAGCAGCUCCAGCAGCUGCAGCAGCAGCACGCACUCGGAGGUUUCUUCCUGCCCUCCCCUCUUGUCUCUCCUUCUCCCUCCACCUCUUUCCCUCUCUCUCCUCCUCGCCCUCCUGUGUUACAGCCUCUCCGCCCCUCUGUGAGUUCUCUCAUCGGGAUGAUGGCGAUGGGAGGGAUGGGUGGUUUUGGUGGUUUGGGUAGUUUGUCCCCAAGAGGACCAUUUCCCGCCUCGCCCUCGACCAUGGGCCCUCCUGGUGGGGUGACAUCGCCCCCUGUUGCUAAAACUCCACCCACACAAGCCUCCUCUGUCCCGACUCCUGUCCAACAAGGAAGGACUCUUCAUUACAGCCUCCGCCUUCAGGCUGAUCACCCCUCGGUCAUUGCUGGAUCACUUGGAACCCCGACAGGUGCAGGGCCAUCAACACCACCCCUCCACAAGGUUCCUCCCACCAACCCUUCUGCUGCUCCUGCUGCCCCAUCAGAUGGAAACGCUUCCAUGACAAGUCAACAGGGAGCAAAAGAAGCUCUACUACGUCACGGUGGAAACAGCUCUCAGGGGCUGCCAGCACUGGGCAGACUCACCCAGGAGGCCAGGCUGCUGUCAGCCUCACAGCCCACUCUGCCUCACCGCUCUUGGGCAGGAUUGCAGCCACACCCGCCUCUCCACCGGAAAGCCUCUGGGGGUAAUUUGUUGGCAGCUCCUUUCCUAGCAGGGCAGUUAGCCAGAGGAUGCAGUGCAGGCAUGCUGACCUCCAAUGCUCCAAUGCAGCCGGUGACAAAUUUACCAUUCAAUGCACAAACACAAGCACAGCCCACAGCCCCUCACACUGCCUCCAUACCCACACCUCCACCUGCACACAUGCCUCCUGCAGCCUCUUUGCCAUCCUCCUCCCCUCCAAAGCAAACUCCCCUCUCCUCUGCCAUCCCAUCACCUGCACCCACCCCCUCCUCUUCUACACCCAUUCUCUCCCAGCCACCUCGUCCCAAACCAAUCCCAAUGACCCCCUCUCGCUCCUCCUCUCCACCUCCCUGCUCGACCCCUCCCACGGCAGGAACCCACCCACUGACGCUUUCAUCGACUCCCCGUCCAAAACCGAUCCCCACAUCCUCCCCUCGCUCUUCUUCUCCAUCUCCCUGCUCCACACCGCCACCAUCUUCUGUUUCAACCCCUGUUCCACUACCUCAAACUUACAAGUCAUCUCUCACCUCCUCCUCUCCACCUUCUUCCUUCAUCUCCACUUCUCCACCACGUCCACAGAGCCCACGAGCCAAGGCAUCCAACACACCUACUUCUGUUUCUCCGCUGUCCGGCCCCAGUCCUGCCCCAACCCAAAUCCCUCCUCCGAUACCGGCAGCCACUCAGACCACACGCACCCACACUUCUACACCCUCCCAGACACCAAUGCUCACACCUGGUACACCCACCCAGACUCUCAGCUCCUCACCUAUCCCUGUCACAUCUGUCCCCCCUCAAAGUAAAUCCCAGAGCCCAACCCCUUCUGUCUCCAGCUCAGCCAGAGGCCCCACCUCAAGCCAGAUCUCAAAACCAGCCUCGCCUUUAACCCCAACUCAAGCUGCAUCUCCUUCCCCAACACCACCCACCACGACCUCUCCUCCUAAAGUAACUUUCACAGUUCAUCCUGUAAAGCAAACCAAUCCGGUCUUUACUCAAAGCCCAGUUUCAGGCUCUGGUCAUCCCACCAAAUCAACCACAGCAACCACCCCAUCAUCGGCAUGUUUAAGCCCGAAGCCAUCUUCCACUAACCCCUCAUCCUCCACCACCACCUCUCCUAGCAUCCAAUCUUCUUCUUCUUCUUCUCACCCCGCAAAACAACUGCCAACAACCAUACCUGCCCCUAGAGAGUCUUCAAAACUCAACACACCCUCUACCACUGCCCAGACCUCUCAGGCAUCCACCACUACACCUGCCCAGUCAGCACACUCUGCUGCCCCUGCCAACACCACCUCACCUAAAGGUGGGAAAAAGGACACUCAGCUGCAACCUGCCAGAAAAGACUCAGAGGGACUGAGACACAAACUUCCUGCCAACAUGUAAGAAAGAAGAGGAAGAAAACCUCACAGCUUGACUUCUGUGGAGGCCGAGUUGUUUCAGCAUCGGCGCCACACAUCCAGUGAUCUCACGUGGACGGGUACAUCUUACAUUCACUCUAGGAUGUGAUUGUCUUAGAACAUCAGGUUUUCAUGUGACUCAGCUGACUCAAGAGAAAGACUUUACAGGUCUGCUGAGUGGAGUGUGUAGGGGGAAUGGUAGAGUCUAAAAUAACAUCCAAAUGUAUACAUACAUAUCUGUGUUAGUGAUUGUUGGAGCAAGCUGGGGAGCUGAAGUGGAAACAGUAAAGCGGGAUGGAAGCAAUAGCUGAGUCAGGAGAAAAAAAAAGCAGUAUAUGAAAAGUCUCCAUUUUCUUGACAAUGAAAACAGCAAUACAUGUGAAAUAUUUUAGGCGCUCAUAAUGUGACAGGAAAUGGCCUUGAUAAUAAUAAAAAAAAUGUGAGAAAACAAUAAUCCUUUUGCUGUUUGGAAGAAAGUCAUUUGUGAUGUCACUUCCUGGUUUCCAACUCCAACUCCCUCUUGCCUCCCAUUCUGCACCAAAGUGUAAUAUUUUCUCAUCAUGGUAAUAAUAAUAAUAAUAAUAAUAAUAAUGAUAAUUAUGAGGAUAUAGAGUAUAAAAAUCACUGUAAAGUCGAUACUCAUAUGAAUUUGAAUAAUUAGGAGCAGUCCACUGGUAGUUUUGUUGUCCCAGGUGUGUGGUGUUUAGUUUUUGAACAAGGACUUUUAAACCUACAUGUUCACUCUGACUUCUGUAAAAUUGUGUUUUUUGUGUGACGCACAAUACUCCUCUGCUGUGCACUGUGGCUCAC